AUGCCAAGAAUUCUCAUCCUUGGUGCCACUGGGUAUUUAGGCAAUCGCGUUGCGAAUCUGCUAGUUCAAAGUGGCCAGCACACUGUUUACGGCGUGGCUAGGUCUUCCGAUAAGGCCUUGCAACUGGCAGGAGAUGAAAUCACCCCCGUGCUUUGCCCGGAUCCCGCGAACAGCCCAGAGCAGUAUUUAUCUACUAUUCGCUCAUCCUCCAUUGAUAUUGUUAUCGACUGCGCCCAGGCCCUGCAGCAAGGCCACAGUUUCCUGGAGAACAUCAAAAAAGUAGGCAAAGAGCGACUAGAUGCCUACAAAGCUCGAGGCACCGGGGGACCCAAACUGGGAUUCAUCUACUGCUCUGGGGUUUGGGUGCAUGGUUCCUCAAACAAGGCUGUUACUGAUCUAGACAUGGUGGGACCAGACGCAGCAACGCAACCAGCAGAACUGGUGGCAUGGCGAGUGGACCUGGAGAAUGCAAUUCUUGACUCGCAUAACGUGCUAGAUGUUAUGAUAUUGCGACCUGCUCUUGUGUACGGCCGUCAACCAGCAGUUUGGUCCUCAUUUAUCGCCCCAGUUUUUGAAGCUACCCGAAAUAAAACUAUGGAGUCUAUUCAAGUCCCUCUGGACCCCAAGUCAAGACCUGGAUUAGUCCAUGUUGAUGAUUCAGCCACAGCGUUCGUGAAGGCAGUUGAGAAGUUGCCUCUAAUUGCUGGAUCGGGCGUAUAUCCUGUUUUUGAUCUUGUUACUAGCCAAGAGAGCAUGUGUGAAAUUUUCAACGCACUCGCUGCUUGCUGGGGGUAUGACGGCGAGAUACAACUGGUCGGACAUGAUGAUGACAUUGUUCGAAAGGCUGUGAGUACCACAUUUCGUGGUAGUUCGGCUCGUGCAGAGCAAUUGCUUGGAUGGCAGCCAAAGCGCCUAGGUGGAUUCGUGACAGAUAUGGAUAUCUAUGCUGCUGCAUUCGCAGCACACCUGAGUAGUACUAGUUGA